UAUAUAACUUCAAUGCUAUUACUAUUAAAAUGGUUCAAUUUCAUUGUUUCUAGCAAAUCUCUAUAUAUUUCUUUUCUUUUGAUCUAUGUAUUAAACAACGCCAUAGACUUCAUUUUUAUUUCUCUAGCCGUAAAGAGAAAUUACGUUGACAAGACAAAUCUUUCUUUUGCGUUAGUACCUAUUAUAAUCGUUUUUUUUAUUGGGGUUUUGAUAUUUAUAUGUAACGUUUGCCUGGAGGAUAAUGCAACGUCGAAAGAUAAGGAAGAUAAAGAAGCACAGAAAGCGUCAAAAGAUGAGGAAACGUCGAAUGAUGUUGACGCGCUGAAUAUUGUUGUAGUAUCGUACGAGAAAGCACCGAAAGAUGAGGAAGCAUUGAAAGCUGAGAAUGAAGAAUUCAAAAGGCAAAGGUGGAUAAGUGUAUUUUGUGGUAGCCUGAUAACCUGUACAAUCGUUGGGCCUUCAGUUCUUUGGAUAAAGUCUUAUAUAAUACUGGGGUUUAUUGCUUAUAUGAUAGAAGAACUUCUCAAAAAAUUGAAGAAAAGAAAAGUUGGAGAAGCAAAAUAAGAGAAAAUAAACCGACAAAUAAAAGUUAAAAGUUAAAGUUGACAUGUAACAUGGAUAUAAUAGGGUAUACGCCGAAUAAAAAUUAUUGUAAUUAUGUGUAUAUAAAUAGUGCCAUUUCGCUCAUAAUAUUUUUAACCAAGUAUGUACAAUAAAAUAUAUUAAAUACAUGUACUGUAUAUACAGUCAAAGC